CUAAAUGCGAAAACAGAGGUUUAUUCGUAAAACAGCGUUUAAAGUGGCUGGUGGUGACCGGUUGGGCUUCGAAAGAAGACAGCCGCAGCAGACAUACAUAUUAAAGACGUAACCCAUUGUAAUCCACAGUCAUCAGAGUUUGACCUAAACAAACAAUAACAACAUUUGCGGCUGAAAGCUGAAUAAAAAACAAAACAACCAUCAUGGGUGUCUUCUAUGGCCCUCAUUAUCGCUUGUGUCUGUUAUUGGUCUUCUCAUUGCUUUACUUGAUUGGCGAUAAGAAUGCUGGCGUAGAUGCUAUUAGCAAACGCUAUCAUCUUGGUCGCCAUUGGCAUGGUUUUUUGGGUGAGCCCAGUAAGAUUCCAUCAUUGCAACGGGAGCGCGAUACUCCAGAUUUGUGGUUUGAACAGACUUUGGAUCAUUUCACCGAAACCAAUAAGGCCACCUGGAAGCAACGUUAUUUUGUCAAUGAUGAUUACUAUCGGCAUGAUAACACAGCUCCCAUAUUCCUGAUGAUUGGUGGUGAAGCCGAGGCCUCAAAAAAAUGGAUGCAUGAGGGAGCAUGGAUACAUUAUGCUGAGCAUUUUGGAGCACUUUGCUUUCAAUUGGAACAUCGUUUCUAUGGAAAAUCACAUCCAACCAGCGACCUCUCCACAUUCAACUUAAAAUAUCUAACCUCUAAACAAGCAUUAGCGGAUUUGGGAGCUUUCGUAUUGGCCAUGAAGGAAAAAUAUAAUCUGGCUCCCACCCAAAAAUGGAUAGCUUUUGGUGGCUCAUAUCCCGGUUCAUUGGCCGCAUGGGCUAGAGAGAAAUAUCCUGAUUUAAUAUAUGGCUCCAUAAGCACAAGUGGACCUCUAUUGGCGAAAUUAGAUUUCACAGAAUACUUUGAGGUGGUGAAAACAUCUUUGGCCAGCUAUAAACCGGAAUGCGUUGAUGUGGUCCGCAAAAGUUUUGAACAAAUCGAAAUACUGUUGAAGCAUAUGAUAGGCCAGCGUAAUUUGGAUGAUAAAUUCAAAACCUGCACCCCCAUCAAAGACUCCAUAGAGAAUGAAUUGGACAUAUCGAAUUUCUUUGAAAACAUAGCCAGUGAUUUCGCUGGUGUAGUGCAAUAUAAUAAGGAUAACAGUCCUCAUGCCACAAUUACCAUAGAUGAGAUUUGCGAUGUGAUGCUCAAUACCACCAUUGGACCUCCUGUCACCCGUUUGGGUGCUGUCAAUGAUAUGCUUUUGAAACAAUCCGAGGAAAAGUGUUUAGACUACAAAUAUGAUAAAAUGAUUAAAGAGUAUCAAAAUGUUUCCUGGACUUCGGAGGUGGCCAAGGGUGCACGUCAGUGGACUUGGCAAACAUGUAAUGAGUUUGGAUUUUAUCAAACUUCCGAAAAACCCACAGAUGUUUUUGGUGACCGCUUCAAGUUGGACUUUUUCGUAAAACAGUGCAUGGAUAUCUAUGAUAAUAGCAUGGACAUGAACUUUUUAAAUUCUGUUAUUGAUGGUACAAACUCGUACUAUGGCGGUUUAAAACCCACCACCACUAAUGUCUUGUACGUACAUGGUUCCAUUGAUCCUUGGCAUGCUUUGGGUUUGAUAAAGCCUAUCAAUAAGAAAACGCCUACCAUUUACAUUGAAGGAACUGCUCAUUGCGCCAAUAUGUAUGAACCCAUAAAAACUGAUCCCCCUCAACUGGUUGAGGCCCGACACAAAAUUUUGAAGUUUUUGGCACAAUUGUUGGAAGGUUAUACAUCUACCAUGUCGUGAAAGAUUAAAAAUUAAAUAUAACACAUAAUCAUAAAAGAGUAAAACAGGCAUAAUUUAAGGAAAAGAUACUUUAAAAAUUUUAAUUUUUGUAAAAAUUUGGAAGGGUAAUAAUAAUAAUAAUAUAAAAAAGUUUAAAACACGUUAAA